AACACCGAACCAAUUCACAGGCAAUAAAUCUCGUAAUAGAGUAACUUCGUGAUAAAUAAAAUGAUUAUUCAUGCGGUUCGACAUGGUGAAAUGUACAUGACACAAGUCCACGUGAAUCAUUUGUAGAGCAUGUUAGGAAAUAGUGACAGGGGAUUUUAACCGGAUAAGCUGUGUCCACACUCGAGCAUCUGUAGCAGACGACUCACGCACGGGACGGGACAGCUCAGUUCAGCAGCAGUAUCGCAGACGACAGAUUCAAAGUAGAUCAACGAAAACCUCGGUGAAAGUAAACAUAUCUCAAGCAUGACGGGCCUUAUAAAACCGAAGCAGUACGACUGGAAGGAUUCCAAUCUUGCCCUGUUCGGCUCUGAUCUGGAACGCCAGGUCAAAAAGGAGUCUGCCCAAGGAGAAAAAGCCUGGCAAAAAGCAGGACAGAAAGUUGGCGUCCAGAUUUGGAGAAUUGUGAAAUUCCAAGUUACAGACUGGCCCAAAGAAGACUAUGGCAAAUUUUACAAUGGCGAUUCUUAUAUUGUCCUGAACACCUAUACAGAAGACGGGUCGGACCAGCUUCUCUUCGACGUCCACUUCUGGAUCGGGAAGUACAGCACCCAGGAUGAGUACGGCACCGCCGCCUACAAGACAGUGGAGCUGGACACGUUCCUGGACGAUGUUCCUGUCCAACACAGGGAGGUUCAGGGUCAUGAGUCGGCGCUGUUCAAAAGCUAUUUCAAGACCAUCACAAUCCUCGAAGGGGGCGCUGAUAGCGGCUUUAGAACAGUCAAACCCGAAGAAUACAAACCAAGACUCUUCCAUUUCCAUGGUGACCGGAAGCAUGUGGAGGUUAAGCAGAUUCCCCGGUGCAGGAGUCGCUUGGACUCUACUGACGUGUACAUACUGGACCUUGGACUGACCAUCUACCAGUGGAACGGCAAAGGCGCCAAUGUCAACGAGAAGACCAAGGCGAUGCAGUAUGUGCAGACGUUGGCAGAGGAGAGGUCAGGGAAGGCUAUCACUAAGGAGGUGCUAGAUGAGCACAGCAUGGACCAGACGCCAUGGAAGAUUAGGCACGAGUUUUAUGGUCUACUGAACGAAGCUGAUGAAGAGGACACCGACUCCCAGUAUGAGGCUGGCGACUCCACCACAGAGUUGUACAGGUUGUCCGACGCCACUGGCGCAAUGUCCUUCACAAAGGAGAAAUCUGGCAAGGUCACAGAAGGUGACUUUGACAGCAAGGAUGUGUUUAUUCUGGACACGAAGGCGGAGCUAUUUGUCUGGAUUGGACGCCGAACCACCACAGCAGAAAAGAAGAAUGCUAUGACAUACGCUCACACGUACCUGAUGCGCAGCGACCACCCCCUGAUCCCAGUCAGCUGCUUCAAGGAGGAGAAGCCGACCAAAGGCUUCAGAUCGGCCAUUGCUGCAUAAACCAGGCAAUCCCUAGAAGUGAUAUUUCAUCCUUGAUGUAUAUAUUCAUCAGUGAUAUAUACACCAUUCAUCUUUGUUCAUCAAUAGUGUACCAGAAAGUAUGCAUGUGUAAUAGUUAUAUAUCAAACCAAAUGAAAUCAAAUUGUGAUAUUGUUCACGAAGCCUUUUUCAAAGUGAAACCCGUUCAGAUGUAAUGUACAAUUACGUCCAGAUUAGGGAAUCGUAGAUACGUAUUAUCGCUGAUAUUAUAUUAUAUAAGCAUUUCAACAAUCAUUGUCCAGAAGGGUUUCUUUCUGGAAUAACGAUUUUGACUGCACUUUAGUAUGUUUGUGUGUAUUCUGAAAUUCACAGAUAAGUCUUCUCGAUCCUGCUUGGUACCCUACAUUGUACGCAGUGCAAAUAAUCACUUCUCGAAACUUGGCUUUGAAAUCGAAUUCUAGAAACAAGACUGAGCAGUGUGAACAUGAUUUGCUAACUGUGUAUUUGUUCCUCUCAGAUGACUCCGAUGCUGAUGCGGCGUUAAACAAUAAUUACUUUGCGUUAAACAAAAAUUACUCGGCGUUAAACAAUAAUUACUCGCUCCUACUCAGAUAACUCCGACAUAAUCAUAUGGACUAAUCCUCUAACGUUUGUUAAGUUUAAGUUUAACACGAGUUUUAGUCGGUUUUUUUCAUAUUCCAUUAAACCAUACAUGCAUACGAUAUCAACAUUUCAUCAAUUUAUAUAAGUUAAUGAAUAGUCGUUAAAAUCGUUCUUGAUAAGUACUUAAAGUGUUAUUAACCAGAUAGAAAUAUAUAUUGUUAUCACAAAUAUUACAGUCGAAUUCCGUUCUGACUGGUACACUAUAAGCACACUAUAAUUCUAAAUCGCAUUUAUAUCGAAAAUAUUGUUUUCAUUUUUUGUACAGCUUGUGGAGUAUUGAUAUCGUGUGGCAUCAUAUCAUGUAAUAGGAAGGUAGUUAGACAUUGUGAUACGUAUGACUGACGAAUCCGAAGAUGUCAAAUGCUGUAUACAAGUACUCUCAUAACAAAUAACGCAUUGUGAACAUAACAGAGAUUAUCUUUUGGACUCUGUCUCAACCCUGUCAACCAGAGGUUUCAUCAAAUGUCUGUUUUAUAGUUUAUAGGUCUUAUAGUUUAGUCAGAUAUAUAUCAGUGGCAAAUAACAUAAUAUACUGAAUAAAACAAUUCCAAUAUUUAAUCUGUAUGUAAUCAACCAGUGAUAUAUCCGUCGUUCCAAAGCAGCUUCCAGCAUCACAUGCAUCAUUAGCAUCCCAUUAAGACAGAAUAAUUCCAGUUCUAUUCUUUCAUUUACGUUUAAUCAGGGAUUGAGUUGAACAUCUCUAAAUACAAGGUUUGGCGAAUUGCAAAAGGCAAUGCAUGUUUUACAGGUAUACACCUUAGGCCACAACAAAUUAUUCAUGUUCCCCGAAAUGUACUAAUCAGUUUCUUUAAAAAAAGCUUUUAGGAUAGUAUUUUAUUAAUCAACCAUGUAGUGUACUAGUGUACUAAAGUCUUAAAUUUGCGGAAACUUGAUAUCUGAUAAACUUGAUAGCCGCAAAAACGAAACCUGUUGCCAUGGUCAACUGGCUUACUUACGGGCAGAUAACUAAUUUGUAAUGGUCUUGUGUGAACUGAUAAUAUUUAUCAUGUGCUUGACCUCUUCGGUUAGGUCAGUAGCAAAGCGACCUUAUUUGCACAUCACAAUACACGUGUAAUGCCACUUGUUUAAAGAUAUGUGGUUUUGAAAGAAAACAAAUACUUAGCUGUCAAAUUCGUUGUCCAAACUCUACAAAAGACCCAUAGCUAUCUUUGUUUACUUUUCACGUGUUUUAGUUAUUGUAUCCAAAUUAAUAGACACAUGACUGCCAUAAAGGAACUAUUUCUUUCUUUACCUGACAGCAGUGCAGUGAAAGAAUCACCACCAGCCAUCCUCAUUACAAGAAGGAUCCCUUCUGGCAAUGUUUAGAAUUUAAUCCAAGAAUAAAUUUGUUCAUAUGUUUCAGUCUUUAAUUCUCUGGUUUAUAACACCGUUUCAUCUGUUGAGAGAUCGGUUUUCGUGAGCAUUUACGUCUCAAAGACUAGUUACCUUGCCGAUUGAUUAAUACUCUUCAGCGUUUAAGCCAUUUAUCAUAUGUACUAUAUAUGGUGUGUUCCGGUCUGUUGUCCUCAAGAUUUGUGUGUAAAUAGAACUUUUAAUCGGAAUUUGGAAAUAAAGCGUGAUAAGUCA